UGAACUCACGUUACUCCCGAGCGUAAAUUUUCUUCAGCGGUGGAGGGAAGCCCGCUCGCGGAGAGUGAUCGGCUUCGUAAGGCAGUAGUACAACGGCGGUCGCGGGCAGCGACGGACCGAUCGUGGAGUCGUGUCGCGUGCGUCGGUGGUCUUCCUCGGCAUUCGUCACGCGAAAUCGAUAAACGGGGACGUCGCGAAAGGGAGAGAGAGAGAGAGAGAGAGAGCGAGAGAGAGAGGCGGUCGCUUACGCGCGCACGUUACAAUUCGCGUCGUGAAAGGUGCUAAAAACGAGGACUCGAGGGCGAGACGAGAGAGAGAGAGCGAGAGAGCAGCAAGAAGGAGAGAGAGAGAGAAAAUAGAGGCGUUCGGGGAUAAUUGCAGGAAACGCGAGUGAAACGCGGCGACCGCGCGCGGUAUGGACUCGACUAGUCGGGAAUCCUCGCGCGCGACGUUCCGCUUCGCCGCCGCGAAAUCCGUUUAGCGGAAAUUCAAGGAUCCACUCUCUCUUUCUCUCUCUGCCGAGAAUCGUCGGGAAUCGUUAUCGCGUCUCGAUCUCAAUGGACCACCGUGAUCGCGCCGCGACGUAUCAUAGUAACCUUGAGACCCUGCCAAGGUAAAAUCGCGGGGAUCUUCCGCGGACGCGGGCCCGGCCGUUCUCCUCUCGUGCCGAGAGGACCCGCGACGGUCCGCGACGCGUCGUCGGAGAACGUCGGCGGUUAUAGAAGAGCGGGACGAUUGUAUUCGCGCGAGAUGAGAAGAAAAGCUCCAGCAUGGCUCGAUCGAUAGGCGCACGGCCUUCGCCGGACUGACUUCCUCGCGCACGCAACGCGAGACGCGAAAGCGCGUCGCGUUCGCUCCAAGAGGAUCGCCACGUGCACCUCGACGACGACGACGACCGUGGUGGUCGAGAAUUGAUAGCUUGCUGGUGAUCAGUCGUCGCGGGGGGGAGAGAGAGAGAGGCCAGCCGAGUGAUCAAAAGCAUGUGAUCUCCGAGGGGGUUCAUCGAUCACCGCCUGCACGUCGCUGAGGGAGGGAUGUUGCGGCCGCACAUCGGCAUGAUGACUUAACGUCGGCCGCCGAUCCAUGCGUGUCGAUGGCCGAUGCGAACAACGACGGGGUUGUCGGACGACGAUGAACGAUAACGGCGGCGUGUAGACAGGUGGAAUAUCGUUGGCCGCGCGCAAGAAAGUGUGUAACAACGCGCGUCGCCGCCGUGGGAACGCGAGCGAUAGGUAGGAAGCCGCAGCACAGGUGGCGGUGGUAAGGACGACAAGGCAAAGAGAGAGAGAGAGAGAGAGAGAGAGAGAGAAAAGGAAAAAGGAAAGCGCGUUCACUGAUGUACUACUAUUGUCCUCUAAAGGGCGAGACCUGUAAGGACUUUAUGGGAGGAGCGUGUACAAUGAAAGGAUGUACAACGUGCCGGUAUAAGUGAAUGACACUGAGGGCAAAGGAGAGAGAGAGUGAAAAGGGAGAGAGAGAGAGAGAAAACGCGCAUGAGAAGAGCGAGCGAGGGAAAGAGAAAGCGGAAAGAAGCCCCGACGAUGAAGGAGCACGGCAACAAACAGCAUCCGGCGGAACCGGCGGCGAAGACGCUCAAGUCGCUGCUGAAGAAACCGGGCCAGACCAAGGCGAAGUCGCAGAAGCACCGGGUAGUGAUCAACGAGAAGCUGAACGAGUUCUUCGCCGCGGACUACAUUAUACUGAUCAAGGAGGAGUGCUGCGCCGAUUACGAGGAGGACUGCGACUGCUGCUACCAGGAGCACGAGUUCAUGCGGCUUGGCAAUUGUAAGGAGUGCCGGGCGGAAUUGAACCUGCACCUCGGUAUCGGCGCCGGCACCGGCAAUAACGGCAGAUACGGCGAGAUGCCCAGGGGUGUAGAGCAGGCGCUCUGCGAAAACGCCGUGCGGGAUCAUCGCGGCAGCGGCGGCGGCGGCGGCGGUGGCGGAGGGACCCGCGGAAAGAGUCAGCAGGCAGCUCGUGAGCAGGACACGCAAGCGGCGGCGGAGGAGGACGAGGAGGAGGACGAGGAGGAAGCCGACGACGGCGAGGAGGAAGAGGACGAGGAGGAGGAGCGGGGGGAGGAGGAGGAGGAGGAGGAUGAGGAGGAGAACGUCGACGGGAAGGUGGAGAAGGUAGUGUCGGCGGCGGCGGCAGCGGCUUCCACGUCGUCGUCCCUGGAAGGGAAGGACGUCGCGAAGAACGACCGAGCGGACGCGGAGGACGCGGCGACGAAAGGACGCCGGACGAAGGAGACCGCCGCCGCCGCCGCGGAUUCCCAGGAGGAGAACGGAACCGUGGUUCCGGCGCCGCCGCCGCCGCCGCCGCCGCCGCGGCACGAUCAGCAGCAGCAGGAAACACUCAGCCCGCCGGAAGGUUACAAAGACGUGUGCUCCGACAGCGAGAUCGCCAACGAGACGGAUCCGCCGCAGCGUGGCCGCGCGUCGUCCGCAACGUGCACGGAGUGCAAUUACUAUCAGCAACAGGCACCGGAAUGCGAAUCGCAAACGAAGGAUCGUGGGAACGAGCAGGAUACGCAGGGCAGCAAGGACACGACGGUGCACGACGGUAGUCAAAGAAAUUCGCAAGAUAAACUGGAUAAACAACAUCGGGCAUCUCAUCCCGAUCUGCACCAUCGUUAUCUCGUGGAAACAAUAACGAUGACGACUGUUACGGAGCGACGCAUCGUGCGGGAAAUUAGCGAGGAGGAGCGGAAGGAUUGCUUCGGACGAUCCGAUACGGAUAAAGAUAAAAGCGUUUGUGAUGCUCCAAAGGAUAACGGUUUUAAUCCGGCGCUUUGUCCCGGGACAGGCGGCUCGAUGUCGAUCGUUCACGAAAACGCGGCGCAGUUCACCACACGGUGUAACGACACGGAUGUCACAGAGGAGGGUAAUGCAAACGCCAAAAAUUCGACGGGCAACGAUAAAAGAGUGGCGACGACGGUGGAAGCGGAACGCAUCAGCGAUCAAACGACGUCAGGCGAGCAGUCGCGUGAGCAGGAUGCGAAAGAGUUGUCCCUCGUUUUCAAACUGGGCAACGUGUCUCUCGCUAGUAACAGCUUGAAGCCAAAUUCCGCGGUGAGACACCUCUUUCCCAACCCGAAGUUCAUCUCACCACCGCCGGUGCCGGCUAACAAAGUGAACUCGUCGACUGGCUCGGAACACUCUCAGGAUGAAGCGCAGAAGUUUCUGAUUACCGCCGAGAGUUUGCGGCUGUUCGAUGCGGUUAAAAAGUCGACGGUCCCUGGUGGUUCAUACGAAUCGCCAGAGUGCGAGUCCAGUUCGAUCAAGAGAUCUAUCGAGCGGAACACUCUGCGGCGGAGUUUGAUCGGCAAGUACAACACGAUAACGCGUAAGAAGAAUCUGCGGCCAAAAAAUCUAUCGCUGGAGGAGCGAAUCAGGCAGCUGACGUGCGUCGAUCAGGACGAUGAGAACCUGGACACGACCGACAGCUCUGACAACACAAAUUCCGCGAGCGACCCGAAGUACGGUGGAGAUCUCUCGAUACGAACGUCGCCAUUGGGUGAGGAACGGCCUACGUGCGAAUCGCUGCCGGUGAGCGUGGCCUCGACGGAAACCACUGCCAUUUUAACGAUGGUGUCGACGAGAUCGAACUCCUUGACGGCGGCGACGGCGGCAACGACGACAGCGGCGGCGGCGGCGGCGGCAGCGAUGGCAACGACAGCGAGCGCUUCCACGAACAUGCACGGGCAUAAUUCGAUGGGAAUGCCGAUGGUGACGGAUAAUCCACCAAAUCAGUCCACCUACAGGAAGAUCACGGAUCUAUUCGCGCAUAAGAAAAAUAUACAACCGAAUCUACCAGAUCUCGGGAUAGGCCCGGGUGGGAGAAAUCUCCUCGCCAAAGAGUGCCAACCCAAAAAUCCGUUGACGAAGAUGAACUCGGAUGUGCGAAGGCAAUUAUUAGCGAGUCUGGCACCGCUAUCCUGUGUUACAGUCAACAAUUCUGAUAACCAGGACGACUAUUAUCGAAAUGACUCCAGGAUGUUGGCACCCUCGAACCGUGAAUCGAUAAGCUACAACUCGGACUCGUCGUACAGUUUAGAAGACAUAGAAGCAGUUCUGAAUGGUGACGACAGGAAGUAUGCCGGUCAGCCGGAUGUAACGAGAUGCACGCCGAUAGGUAGUAGACCCGACAUUGGCGAUAACACUGCUGACGAGUUGCUCGCGUUCGUUGAGCAGGACAAGUCGAGGAUGGAACGAAUAAAACGUCGCUACAACGAGCCAGAGGAUCGUUACACGUUCAUUAAUGGCUACCAUUCCGAGGACAAGGCCGUAAAUACAUCCGAGAAUUAUGAUGGUAAGGGCAUCAAGAAUCAUGAUGGCAAAGACGCGCAGGCAGACAAUGAGGAGGAAGAUGAAGACGACGAGCUCAACGAUUAUGGGUUCAAUCGACGGCCAUCAGUAACGGGUAUCAAGACGCAGUAUGAGGCUACCAACGACGUCAUCCAUCGAGCACGAGCUAGCUCCGGUGCCCCUAACAACGAUGCGAGAUCUAGUUCGAUAUGGCCGAUGUAUUGCGAUGUAAACGGCGACAAGAUCGAUGCAAAGUCUUUGUUGACUGCCGACGGAGUGGACGAAGCGAUUCCCAUACCCGCAGACGCGUACGCCACGAUAGGGAGCUUCGAGCGGGACACAAACACGAUUAAUCGCAUAAACACAAUGCAGAAGCAAAUCGAUGACAUAUAUCAGACUAUUGCCGAGAGCACGGCGGUAACAGCGAAUAUCCAGGGUAUUUCCGAGCACACGACUUAUCUGGAGAACGCGAUACCGCGGCAGUUCGUCAGAACUCCGUCCAGCGACAGCACCGCGCACCUGUACGCCGAGCACAGAAAUGGUCAUCACUACUUCCAAGAGCAACAGCAGUUGUCGAGCACCCGCAUGCUGCGUAUCGCGGGUGGUGGUGGUGGUGGUGGUGGCAACGGCGGUGGCGGCGGCGGAGGAACCAACGGUGGCGACGAUAUUGCGGGUGCGAUAUACACCAACACUCUGUCGAAGAUGCAACGUCGCAACCCACCGGUAACGAUCGCGAACUAUCAUUGCAACGUGAUGCCCGGCGGUACCGUGCCUGCCGUCAGUACCAAAUGCUAUCGCACCAUGUAUUUUGUGCCGUACAGUGGCAUGUCGGACCCCACGUAUCAGAACAUACAGCGCAUCUUGCCGCCGCAUUCUUCUCCGAACUACGCCAGCCACGUCGAGCGGUAUCCGUAUCCUCGUCUGAACAAGACCAAUCAGCAACAGGCGUUGUAUUACAAUACGAAUCGUACCGCGACGUCGCAUCCCAAUUUAAAUACAUCACCACCGAUCCCGCCACCGCCUCCGCCACCGCCACCACUCGUAUCCGUCUCCAACCCGAAUUCCAUGCCGUUGCAGAAUGCCCAGCAGGCCUUACACCUGCACAUACAUCCUCAUCAAUCUGAAGACUUCCGCUCGCCUAACAUCGCCUUCUCCCCCGUGCCUCACUCGACGGUACAUCCCAUGCAAUUUCAUCAUCAUCAGCAUCAACAUCAGCAUCAACAUCAGCAUCAUCACGGCGAAAUCACGUCGUACCGCGUACCCAUAGCGACGCAGCAAUCACCAUCCUCGUACACGGUGAUCGCGCCCUCGAGAUGCAUUCCGGCGAGUAAUCAGGACGGCUAUCCGUUAUACCCAGCUCACCUGGCACGCGGUGUCGCUACCGCCGGUACCACCGCGACCGCCGUCACCGUCGCCGCGGACGUGCAAACUCAGACAAUUUCCAUCGCGGCCGCUUCAUCGUUUUCAUCAUCGUCAUCCUCGUCGUCUUCCUCAUCGUCCUCGUCAUCGUCUACGGCGUCGGCGUCCGCGCUGUCGUCUUCGUCCUCGUCCAUGUCGGCCGCUGCCACCGCUUCCCUAAAAUGCACCAUGACUAAUAGCAACAAGAACUGCGAAUCAGUUCUGGGAACGUCUUACGGUAGCGGUAAUGCGCAAUCCGUAUCAGGGAACAUUACCCCGCUCGCGUGUCCGGCGUCAUCAUCGUCAGCUGCGACUGUGACAGCCGUCGUCGGGUCUUCGGCGACGGUAAUGCAAUUACCACGCGUCAUUAACACGUGCGCAGUAACGGAACGCGGAGUUCCCGAGGGUGCCGCCAGCAUGCCCGUUCGCGACUUUCCGCAGCCGACUCUCGCUCCGGCGAACUCGACGUCACACGUCCUGCUGAUGUCCAACUCUUACGUCGAUCCUAACACCAGCCUUAUACCUGCCCCGGCCAAUGCACCAAACACGGUAUACUACGCCAUGAAUGUUUGAAGAGAUCACGAGUAAUGUAUAAGUGCGAAAAAUGCCCGAAACACGCCUGAAAAAUCUUGCCUGGAUGUAAAACGUUUUUACGAUAUCUCUGUGGAUAUUUACGUUGUCCGGGGAGUAUUAACUCGUUCGCUGUUGUGACGAGUGAUUUAAAUUGCGAUUUGUAAAUGACAAAGACGUGCGUAGAAAGAUUCGCCGUCUUUUCCACCAGUGACUGCACACACAUGACAAAUAUUACUCGUUGUCGUCUUAAGACAGCAACAUUU